AUGGGUAACCAAAUGAGUGUUCCCCAAAGAGCUGAAGAGCAAGAGAAUGAUUCAGAAACAGACGCUCAUGAGGUAGAGGCCUGUGUUCACAACGGGACGCCGGUGAUGGUGUCAACCCACACGGUUCAACUCUACGACGAAGUGGAUUUGGGGAUAAGUGUCCAGGAAGACAGUGUGGCCGCUUCUUCCCCCAAGACAGUGGACGCCAGCGCCGUCGCGGCUGCCAGCGGAAAGAAUCCCGGGAAGGAGGCCAAACCCCGGGCACCAGCUGCUAAAUCGCAUUUUUUCUUGCCUCUCCCUCGGCCUGUACCAGGGCGUACCGGAGACCGAGGCGAGGAUUCAUCGGAGCCACCCCGCGCGCCAGGGCAGCCCGAUGUCAGCUCCGCGGGCGGCCUAGGGGACAAAGGCGCGAGUGACAGCAUGGCCCUGCGGCCGGCAGCUGCGCGGGGGCCCGGCCCCGAUAAAACCCCCGGCCGGACCCCCGCCGACCACCACGGCCUCGCUGCCACCCCGGGACCGGCGCCUCUGCCACCUGAGUCAGGGGGAGCGGCCCCCUCAAAGCCCAAGGACUCCGGCUUUUUUAACAAACUCUUCAAACUGGACAAGGGACAGGAAAAGGCACCCGCUGUCAGCCACCAGGAGGCCGAGUGUGCGGCGCGCGAGGACCAGGCCUUCGACAUCCCCGGCUUCCCCGGGCCGGCCCACGAUGUCCCCGCAGAGAGGGACAUAGUUGAAGGCAAAGACAAGGGACAGGAAGUCACACCUGUGAGUUGCUCUCUCCCCCGGGACCCCGAAGAAUUGGAGAUUGCCAAGGAGGACCCCCAGACGACAGCUAUCACUGAGGAUAAUAAUUCCAUCAUGAGCUUCUUUAAAACACUGGUGUCACCUAACAAAGCUGAAACAAAGAAAGAUCUGGAAGACACGGGUGCUGAAAAGUCACCUGCUCCGUCAGCAGACCUGAAGUCAGACAAAGCCACCUUUGUACCCCAGGAGCCCCAAGGGGCAGCCAAGAAUCCUACACCCACAGAAACGGCAAAGGAGGGUGCCAAGCAGAAGGGGGGGCCCUCCUCUCUGCCUCUGGGCAAACUGUUCUGGAAAAAGUCAGUUAAAGAGGAUUCCGUCCCCACAGGUGCAGAGGAGAAUGUGGUGUGUGAGUCACCGGUAGAGGUUAGAAGGUCCCAGGAAGUAGACUCCGCCUUACAAACAGUGGAUCUCAACGAUGAGGCGGAGGCCGCACCUACACCCCCAGAAGGAAAACUCAAAAGAGAAGAACGCAAGCCACCGACAAACUCCCUGAUGGCAUUCCUCAGACAAAUGUCAGUGAAAGGGGAUGGAGGGAUCGCCCACUCAGAAGAAGUAAAUGGGAAAGACUCCAGCUACCAAGCCACGCACUCCCCGCAGAAGGCCACCGCGCCGCCCGAGCCCGAGCCGGCAGGAGCCAGCCAGAAGGGCAAGGAGGGCUCCGCCAAGGACAAGAAGACGGUGGCCGAGAGCAACAAGCAGCGGAACAACAAGCAGGAAGCCAAAGAGCCGGCGCCAUGCGCGUGUGCGGAGCCGGCCGUGGCCGUGGCCCAGGCCAACGCGCUGCAGAACGGGGACAGGCCCCAGAAGAGACCCGAGAAGCGGCGCCAGUCCCUCGGGGGCUUCUUCAAGGGCCUGGGACCAAAGCGGAUGUUGGACGCUCAAGUGCAAACAGACCCCGUAUCCAUUGGACCAGUUGGCAAACCCAAGUAA